AUGUACGACGAAGAUGACCUGGUGGCGCACUUCGGCCAGCUCGCCGUCUCGAAGGCUGUUGCUGAGGGCAAGACCGAGCAAGAAGCGCGUGAUGGUUGGCACAAAUUGCCGUCGCAAGACGAGAUGUCAAAUGAGGCCGAGCAUGAGGAAUACGGGGCGGAUAUCAAAACCACGCCAGUGAAAGACAGAAAGAUUCUGCAGCCGAAACGUCGAAGAGCUCGUCCGCAGAGUUGGGUAGAGGGCCGAGUCGGUCGGGGCGAAGGCUCUGUGGUAAAUCCGGCUGCUGCCAAGAGGGAGGUCGAGGAUGAGGACACGGCCGCCAAGCAUCCUACCACCGCCAAGCUGCCCACCGCGCAAGCGGACGACGCGCAAAUGAAGGAGCGAGAUGCCAAGAAUGUCGAACUUCGAAAAUCCACGGCCGAAAUAUCCAGCGACUUCAACUAUUUCGAUCUCCAGCAAUCUGGGUUUAUCCAUGAGCCCAGGCGGUUGCGAUCCCUUUGA